AGAGAGAGAGAGAGAGAGAGAGCGUAGCCAUCACAGACCAGGAGAGGGAAGAGUUUGUGGUGCGUCUCUGUCUCCGAGAUUUGGAGGAGUCCUUCGGAAGAUUCAAGGUUUUGAGAUGGCUUCCAGACCCGUUGUUCAACAGCAAAACAGAGAUGAAGCAGGUCAAGGUGGAGUAAAGCAGAAAAACAUGGCGGCCGAAGGGAGAAACCGCCGUGCUCUAAGUGACAUUGGGAAUCUGGUUACUGUUGAUGGAAUAGAUUGCAAGCCACUGCCCCAAGUCUCUCGCCCCGUUACAAGAAGUUUCUGUGCACAAGCUGCAGCAGCAGAAAACAACAAGAAGUCAGUGGCCGUAAACUUGGAUGGAGCUGUUGUAGUUGAUGGAGUAAAAAGGGCUAAAGGAGCAGCAGCACGAAAGCCAGCUCAGAAGAAAGUUACUGUUAAGCCAAAACCUGAAAAUGUGAUUGAAAUAACUUCUGAUUCUGAAGAAGAAGUCAAGAAGGACAAGGGUGUGAACAAAAAAAAGUCUGGUGAAGGGUCAUCUAGAAAGAAAGCCCCAACUCUAACUUCAGUUCUUACUGCUAGAAGCAAGGCUGCUUGUGGUUUUAUUGAGAAACCCAAGUCGCAGAUUAUUGAUAUUGAUGCCGCAGAUGUAAAGAAUGAGUUGGCCGUUGUCGAAUAUGUGGAAGAUAUGUACAAGUUUUACAAGGAAGUUGAGAAUGAGAGCCGAGUUCAUGAUUAUAUGAAUACACAGCCAGAGAUAAAUGAGAAGAUGAGAGCAAUUAUGAUAGAUUGGUUGAUUGAUGUUCACAAAAAAUUCGAGCUCAUGCCCGAGACUCUUUACCUCACCACUAACAUCGUUGAUCGAUACCUUGCUGUGAAGACUAUAGUAAGGAAGGAACUGCAGUUACUGGGCAUUAGUGCCAUGCUUAUGGCCUCGAAGUAUGAAGAAAUUUGGGCCCCUGAGGUCAAUGACUUUGUGUGCAUAUCAGACAGAGCUUACACCCACCAGCAAGUGUUAGUCAUGGAGAAACAGAUAUUGGGAGAGUUGGAAUGGAACCUGACUGUUCCUACGCCUUAUGUGUUCCUUGUGCGCUUCAUCAAAGCCUCUCUUGCUGAUUCUGCUAUGGAGAAUAUGGUCUAUCUUCUGGCUGAGUUGGCUAUGGUGAAUUAUGCCACUGUAAUGUACUGUCCAUCAAUGAUAGCUGCAUCAGCAGUGUACACUGCCCGCUGCACUUUAAACAAGCUUCCUGAAUGGAAUGAAACGCUUGAACUGCACACCGGUUUUUCCGAGCCACAGCUAAUGGAUUGCUCUAAAAUGCUGGUCAGCUUCCACUCAAUGGCAGCAACGGAGAACAAGUUGAGGGCGAUUUACAGAAAGUACUCUGAUCCUGAGCGAGGUGCUGUUGCUCUGCUUCCACCGGCCAAGACUCUCUUGGCUGCAUCAUGAGAGAGAAGAUUGUUUUGGGGGGAGAGACCAUUUUGAGAUAAUGGCGGUGUUUGUUUAGUUGGAUAUAAGUAGUGAUUUUACCGAAACCUCAGUGAAUGCAUUCCAAUUCAUUUUUUCUUCGAUUAAUAAAUAUCAUGAGUUUGCAAUUUGUC